GGUAGUUUUAGUGGCGGAUAUUUUAACUGUCGGAUUACUUUUGCAGUUGAAAGAAUGUCUUCAAAAACGAAGACAGCGCCUGACUUAUUGCGAAAUGGACCCACGGCUGAGCCAAGUGCAAUCAAGAAAUUGAGAGUGAAUGAACAGCAGCAAAGACUACGCCAGUCGUUUUUCACCAAUAUUUUACUGUUGGGCUUUGAUCGAGAAGCUCAAGAAAAGAAAGACCAUUUACAAUACAAUGAAAAUAUGUUUGCUGUACCCAACAACAAAGGAGCCCUCCCAAUCCUUUAUUUUCUAAUGGAGAAGCUGGACCCUGAAGAAGCUAAAACAAGAUUCAGAGGAUUCUGGCCAGUCUUUGACAAGAAGCAAGAACAAUACUUCAGAAAGGAACUUUGCAACUGGCUAAACAAAAUUGCACAGGAGGAUCCAGAAGCAGGAUUUAAUUCCGUGUUCCCAUCUCUGUUCCUGUCACCUGGAGGUUACAAAUUUGAGCAAUUCCUCUUCUACUUGUCCAGAUAUGUUUUACUCAAAACACUGAAAAAAGAAUGUAAUAUCAAAGAUGGUUAUCUUAGAUGUCCAACACUGAAGCCCUCACUUCCUCAAGCAGCCCACAUUCCGAAGAUCCUGAAAUGUGCCACAAUCAAAAAUGUCCAGUCAUUGUUGGUGAGCAUUGAUGAGAAUCUAAAACUCUACUGGAAAUGGCAAGAGGCUACAAAGAAACUCACAGAAGAAUACAAAAUCCAGUUCAAAAAAAUAAACCGCAUGAAUUCAAGUCUAAAGGAUGCAUUAAAAGAAAACAACACUAAAGAAAAUUGUGAUGGUACAGAUGAAUCAAGAAAUGAAGUUUUAUAUUGGAUCAAACACCAGUGGAAAGACAUACUUCAUCAGAUACAGUCCCAGAAUGCUGACAGAGAGACAAUCCAGUCCGUCAUCAAAAGCUUUGAGAGUAAACACAAACUUGAUAUGCAGUUAAUUAAUGCCUGUAUUCCAGACCAGCUGCUUCAGGUUAAAGAGAAAGAAAUUCAAGAGGAGAAAGUUGAGAGUCUCUACAAAAGAGGAAAACUGGAUAUUGUUAGUUUAAUUAAACUCUCCAACUUCAGUUUACAGAUGUAUCAUGAAAAAUUGCAAUCUGUAAAUGUCUCUGACUGUAAAGAAACCAUCAGUGAGUUUGAAACGCUGUCCAAAAAUCACAGUAAAUACCUUGAAAACAUUGAAUCCAUGAGACAAGAAAUAACAGAUGUCUUAGAGGAGUCAAAGGAUUCUGUGCACUAUCUGACUGAAAAACUUAGUGAUAAUUGUGAUAAAGUGGACGCUAAGACUUUGGUCAUGAUUCCACAUUCACCACCACCCGAGAAUUUUUUGUUGAUGCCUGGAAAGAAAGAGCAUCUAUCACAAUCUGGAAAAUCUAUUUUAGAUUCUACGACAAUUCUAAAUUCUGAAGAAGAAGCUAAGAAGAUUCUGGAAGCUGCUACUAUUGCUGUUCAGAAUUGUACAGAACAGAAACCAAUAAAUCUGAUUGAUACAGUUAAGAAAAAUAGCAUGCUCUCUGAAGAUCUUAUCACCUUGAAAGCUACCAAACAGAAUACCAAGCAUACUAAACCAUCUUUGAAACUUAGCGACCCAACAAGCAGUCAGUUUUCUCUUGAUGCUCAUUGUUCAAUUAACCAAACCAAUAAAGAUGUCAACAAAAAGAAUACUGACAACACAAAGGCAUCUUCAUUAAGAAGACCAACUCGAAUUAAGGUCCCUGCAAAACUCAGUCAUGAAAAGGCUAUGAAAGACUAUGUAUCAUCUGUCGUCGAUUGUUACAAAACUGGUGGAAAUGCUGACCUUCAAGAUGUUACAGAAGCUUUGUCUAUGGAUGCUUUCCAAUCAAAAGACAAAUUAGCUCGCAGUCCAGUAAAGCCACCAAAACACCAGAAGCUAAUGUUGCCUAAAGACAGUGGCAUAGAAGAAUCUAAAAGUGACAUAUUUCCGCUGCUGUCACCAAAUUCUUUAAAUUGUGCUGAUCCAAGUUCUUCUCCUUUGCUUAAUCCAACGCAUGUCUCAUCUGGUUCUGCUGAUUCAAGUGCAUCCUUUCUACCUUCUCCAUUGCUCGAAACUCCAACUACACAAUCCAAAAUCAACCGAUCAAAUUCAUCUUUUAAACUGCUAUCGGUCAGCCCAAAUGACUUGACCGAACUGUUUACCUUACCAAACAAUAAAUGCACUUCAUUAGCUUCUUCUGAAAACGCUGAGCCCUUUGAUUGUAUUUUGGAUGAUGCCAGCAUCCGUUUUGACCAACCUAGCAGCCCAAAUAGUAGCGGUGAAGAGAUUGACCAAUCAGAUUAUUACAUCCCUCUAAAGAAAGAUCUUAAUCUGAUUGGCCAUUCAGGAGACCGAGAUUUUUGUCAAACUAAUUCCCAAAUAUCAUUGCCUGGCUCCGUGGAAACCACCCCCACUUGUUCUGAACAAAGAAGUUUUCGUUUAUCACUGUCUGAUAAACCACUAGAAGAUGAGAGUGACUCAAUAUUAGUUGACUGAGAAGUUUUGAAACAAAGAAACAACCAGUAAAGUCCUGCUGACCCUGCUUUUAAAAUGGUCAUCAAAAGCUGGUGGCUUGUGAGAAAAAAAAGAAAGAAAAAAACCCUUGUAAAGGAGGACUUCUUAUUUCAGCCCCAGUGGGGUUUUCUCCACCCUUUUUUUUUUUUUAACCUGCUCAGCUGAGAACUUAUCUGAACUGUGAUGUAUUAUAUGUCUCUAUGGCAGUGCCAACAUCAUUUUGGAAAUGGAGCUAAUAAUUCUGUUUUCCAAUGAUCUUGGUGAUGAGCAUAAAAUAUGCAGUGCUUCAUAAAGGACCAAUAUUCUUAUGAUGGUUUCCCCACCAUUAGAUUGGUCCUUGGCUUGAAAUGCCAAAAUGCCAAGCUUCUUAGGUUGUCUUGAAAAAACCUCUUUUGUUCUUUU